AUGAAACUUCGUCGUCGACAUAGAGUUGGAAGAAGUGAAAAUGAUACAAUAUAUUUAGUCGAAAAUAACAAUAAUAAUAAUAAUAAUAAUAGACAUGAACAUUCAAAGAUAGGUCGAAUUGCAUGGAAAUUAGCAAAAGGUACAUGGAAAGCAGUUAAAAUAGGUUUUCAAGCCGUUGUAAAUAGUCAACCAUUUUGUAUGGCCCUUGAACCAACAGCAUUAGCGACAACUAUAGUUGAAUAUCAAACACGAAAUAGAGAACGACGAUGA